AGUGCUGUGAGAAUGCUCCAGAGAUUAAACCCGGACAUGAGUUUCUCCCUUUUCCUCAUGAGUCCCGAUUCGUACCGGAGCCAGAGGGGUGGCCAGAUGCGUCUGGUUGUGUGCAGAGCCAACGGGACAAUUCACCCAGUGUUCAAGGAGACCAUGAUCAGGACACAUGUGGCAAAUCUAAUCAACUAUCUGUCCAAUGAAUCUGCGUAUACAGAAGGAUUUCAAGUGUGGUCACGUGUCUACCCCAGCACCUGGUCCCCUUCCCGCCUCCCUGUCCUUACCCUCUCCUCUCCCGUGUUCCACCAGCCCACCCAGUCUCCCCUCAAGUACUCCAGUGACUGGUACAACCGACUCAACUCACGGGGAUCGGUGGAUGGAUGGGGUGACGAGGAUGAUGGGAAGGGUCCCUCAAUUCUGGGGGUGGUCGGACAGGAUGUACACCUGGACUAUUUCCAUAAAUGGGUGGACGAGUCAUGGAUUAGUCCACACGCAGAGAUAUUCCUUGUCGACUCCCAAACAAUUUAUGUCUCAAUGACUUCGGGAAUCGAGAACCUGGUCAAACUGGAAACAGAAGAGUUCCCAGAAAUCAACUUUAUCGACGUAGUUCCCGAAAUUCUAACGUCAUCGGAACUGACUCUUCUUUUCGACGUCACUCUACUCCGACAGCCGUAUAGCCAUACUUUUAAGCCCAGACUGACAAAUAUUCCAGGGCAUCAGUAUCUGGCAAGGAUAAACAGCGUCACUUAUACAUGGUGGCCAAUUGAUAGGUUCCCCUUUACAUUUGUAUCCAGAGAGGAGAUGUCGACCUGGGGUAGGUUCUGGCACCCAAAGAGAGGCGCCGGAUCUAUAUCGGACACAAGUGAAAAGAUCCGGAACACCUUUUUAGGCUACUAUGAAAAUGAGAGUUUGAAGUCUGGGCAGUUUAAAGUUGUUCUGGACUCGAGGACAUACUGUCCAGGGUCCCCUGGAAAUUUGGAGUUGUUCAGUGGUUUGCAGAUGAUGGAUUUUUUAAACUCCACUGUUUUUCAGUCCUCUUUCUUCCCCUUCGUGCCAGAAUGUAAGGAGAGUGAGCAGUAUUGGGGCAUGUUGAGUGACCUCUAUUUGGUGUAUCUGUGGGUGAACAAACAGCCCCUGUUCGCCCCUUUCCAGUCAGAAGACAGAGCCUCUUUCUCAUUCAACAGACUGUUCGACCCAGACACAGUCGAAGCGUCUUUUUUCAUUACAAACAGUGGUGUGCUGGGUGUUCUGCAGAGAAACUCAAAUGACUCCAGUCUGGAUCUGACAUGGGAGAGUUUGAGGAGGAAGAGCAGUGGACUGGUUCAAGCUACCAGAAACUACUUCAACUCCAGUGGCGACAGACGAGUCACUUUCCAGAUGAGGGUGGCAUACAAUUACCAUAGAGAAGCAUCCCAUAAAUGUUUUCGGAGUGAGGAUGCGUAUUGGGAGUUCGACAGGAGCACUUACACAUUCCCCCUCAUCAUGACCACCUCUCUCUUUACCACAAAGGACGGAAAGAGAUACAACUAUGGAAACCUCGGCGUUGUGAUGAAGUACAAAGCACUUCUGACCUGGUUGCAAUCCCUGAUGCCCGAAUGUUGGGAUCCCGAAUUGCGGUCUGAGCUACCAGAACUACAGUGCUACAUUCUGGACGAGGGCGGAUUCAUUGUUGCCAACAACCAGUUUGUUAACGAUGAUGAUGAAUUAGUGGAUCAGUUAAUAAUGGCUUCGAGAAUGCAGACUGCGUGGAUAGGUGCCAGUUUGCACUCAGUCGAUUUUUGUCUCAUGAACUCUUUAGUCAAAAACGGAAUCUACACAACUCAAGAUGUGAAGGACAACAUCUGUUCAUGCGAUAAAUCUGACGUCAUCUCUUACAAGGCUUCAUCCGGCCAAAAAAAUUACUCAACUCUUCGUUUAUUUACGCUAUUUAGUUUCAUGCAGUCUUUGACAAUGGGAUGGACAGUCGUUAUGUCCUUUUCAAUUGGUGUAAUAACUAAUAUUGGUGCCUUGGUUAGUACUUUUGGCUCAGUUUUUUUCUUCUCAGCUGUCUCAACUGGGCUUCCUGAGUUCGAAACUGGCUCGAAAAUAUUAUGUCAACUGGAAACUACAAAAUACAUUUACACUGAUCACGUGCAAAACGUUGACACCACGACAAACUGCUCGUUUUUCUGUUCAGUAGACUGUGACCCGGGACGUCCUUUCAGAGCUCACCGAAUCGGGCAGACUAACCUACUGUUUGUCAGUGCCCAAGGGAGAGCUUAUUGCACAUGUGGACCCAAAAGAAGCCGAAUCAAGCAAAACUUCGAGCUAUUCGACCCACCAACAGCUCAAUCCGGCAACAGUGGCAGAGAUCGCACAAGAGUACUCGAGUUUAAUACGUGUUCUAUGUCUUCUAAGCCUUUCAAACCUCGUGGAGACCUCACAUGUUCUGCUAGUAGUAGAAAUUCACGUCAACAGAAGUUUUGUUCAAACUGCGAGAGCUUUACACCGAUUCAAAUGAAACAUUUUCUAUUACUGUUCUGCACGCUUAAUUUUAAAAUGUCAUUUUAAAGAGAAACGCGAGCGAACCUUCAAAAAUUGUUUACUACAGCCUUGAAAAAAUA